CGCCGGUUUCCGACUCGGAUGGUGGCGGGGCUCCCGUGGCGGGGGUCGGCCGCGAGAGCUCCAUGUCACGCGGUGCCGUCUCGGUGGGUGGGCCUCGAUAAAUCUGGGACGGUGACGUCGCAGAGAUUUCGGAAUGGGCCUUGAGGUUGCCCUCGGUCAGGGCGAGCGGGCCCUCGGGGGAGCGGGGCUGGCGGGAUCGCCGAGAAUGGCGACUGUAGCGAGACGAGGCGUACGAGCGGGUGUCACCGUCGUCGUGCGACCUCCGCCGACUGAAGCUGUCACGGAUGGAACGGCGGUCGUACGCAUAGUCGGCGUCGUCGGGGUGAGCGCCGCCGUGGUAGUGAUAAUCAUCGUAGUACGGAUCGCCGCGGGCCACAUCAAAUGUCUUGGCUCGCUGGAUCCCCGCACGCUGGGCCUUGACGGCUUCCCGUCUGUCGCGGUAGGCCGCGUGUGCCUCCUUGAAGAUACCUACAAGCUGCUUGCCCUGAGAGGUGUCAGUGUCGUCCAAGUAUGACCGCCCUGUCCCCGAAGCGAGGAUUAAAGGGGUCACAUACUGUGCUGAUAACCUUCCCCGAGUUGUUGAUGAUGGUGAUAAUCUCCGUGGCUGGCAUUGUGGCGGUCGAAAAAAAAACGAGGAACGAGUGUGGUUCGAGUUCAAUGUCGGGCUAUCAAGCCAAGCGUUGCGGGCUUUCCAUGCCGCGG